GGUAUAAUCUAUGUCUGCGCUCGUCGGCGCCAUCGUCGCUCGAGUUUUGAUUAAAAAUUUUAGUAGAUCUGUUUUUGAAGAUAAUUAUUAUAUUACAAAAACUUCAAGAUACAAAAAAAUUGGACUCAGUAAUCAUAAAUGCCUUUUGUAGGGAAGUUUAAAACAAAUUGGUGCUUAAAAACUGCCUUAAAAGUUAUCUAAUCGUGUGCCUUGUUUUUCCAAUAAAAUCUUUGCUAAUUUACAAGAUACGGUUUGAAAAUUAAAUUUAAACGAUAAAUGUGUAAAUAAACAUUAAUAAUGGUAGAAACGAACAGAGAUUUCUUCAGAGACACCUGGGUACGUUAUUUAGGUUACGCGAAUGAAGUUGGAGAAUCUUUCCGUCCUAUUGUACCAGUGAAGGUGGUCCGAGCAAGUUACGGAGUAGCAUUCGCGUAUGUUCUCGCCGAUACUGCUGACAAGAGCUGGAAAAUGAUAAGAAAAGUCGGUCGCCCUAAAAAGGUGCUGAUAGAGACCGGAGACGCUCUGUUAUGGCAAACAUUGGCCUCGGUUGUCAUACCAGGAUUCACAAUAAACAGAAUAUGCGUGCUCUCACAGCGUGUUCUAUCGAGAAACGUACCGAAAAUGCCCUUGAGCGUUCGGAAUUGGCUGACUGUGGCCCUAGGGCUGGCCUCCAUACCGGUCAUAGUGCGACCCAUAGACAAAGCGGUGACUAUCAUGAUGGACUCGACUUACAGGAAGUGGGUUCAGGCUUAGCACUCAUAGUCUCUGCUUCAGCGCUGCGUAGCUGCAAUGUGUUUUAGUGAAGACAGAGAAAAUCGAAUCACUGGUGAGAUUUCCACUGCUCAACAUAAUCCUACAGGGUUACGACCAUAUACAAAGGAGGUUGUAAGGAAGCAACCUGUAACGUAAAUUGCGAUCUAAAAUUGCAAUAAAAAGUCAAUUUUAACAACUUUUCCAUUACCCGCAAUGUAUUACAAAAUCAGUUGACCUACGACUUUUCCAUUGCACGCAAUGUAUUACAAAAUCAGCUGACCUCUGAAGACAACGUUCUCUGGCAUUAUAAAUCAAAACUAAUGCUCUCUAAAAAAUGGCAUUUUUGCAAAGGGUUUCUAUUAUAGUCGGCUAAUUUUCAAAUGUAAGAAGUCCACCGGCGGGCGUACGGAUUGAUAGCUGUCGACAGCUUUGGUAGGAUUUUAGAUGGAGAUGAGAAGACAUUUGAGCGUUUUAGAACUGGCUGUAUAUAUAGCAUUUAGAUUAGGAUAAACGAGUACAAAUUACUUUAUGUAUUUAAUAUAUAAAAAAAACAACGAAACUUAUGCUGUGUCCUAUGUAUAUAGUGCAAGGUGUGGACACAGUGGUGUUUUGGAGCGCCAGUCUCUUCAUUCCCAAUGAACCUCUUACAUUUGUACCUAUUUUACUGUGACCGUUCACUUACUAGAGGGCGUUAGGGUUACACACGGUCGCUACAUUGACUUUUUUUUCCUACCUAAUCUGAUUGCCUUGAGAGGCUAUUUCAGUGGAACCUUUACUAGUAGGUGAGCUCACGGGGCUCAAACCUGACGACGUUGCUAACACGAACCCUAACAAGAGCCGUGCUUCGCAGAAUCUACCACAGGAUCGGAAACACGACCCACUGAGAAGAUCCGGCGAGAAACUCAGUGGGCUGUGUCUGAGAGUUAAUUUACUCGUCGAGCCCUUCGUCGCAAGCGACGGGUUCGACGAGAACGGUGACUGGUGCUUGAAGUACCUAGAAGCACCGUCAGUGGAUCGGGAGGAUCCGAGAUGACGUGUUUUGGGCGACGUCGACUGCUUUCCAGUCUGUCCGCAGGAUCGGGAAUGUAGUUACCGGCGGCCACGAUGAGAGGGUUCUCGUGUCGUGUCGCUUUGUCGAAGUGGUCCCGGUAGCAAUAGGUACAGUGUACGGUAGGCAGCGGCUUGGUUCUGCCCCUGGCAUUGCUGAAAUCCAUGGGCGAUGAUAACCAGUCACCAUCAGAUGGGCCGUAUACUCGUCUGCCUACAAGGGCAAUAAAAAAAAUUUCUUAGGACACGGGCUUUUUAUGUCAGAUUACUAACGUACCCUGUUUUGGUAAACGACACAUUUGUCUUCGAUACGAUUCUGUGAGAUGUGUGCUUAGUACGAGUUUUUUAACGUUCUCGUUAGCGUAAAAGUUUACUUAAAUUUGUAUGCAGUUGGGACAGCGCCCCUAGCGGCAAACGCAGCCAAACUUUCCAACUCCAUACAAAUUCUAGUUAACUUUUACGCUAUCGAGAACGUUAAAAUACUCGCACUAACCACACAGUAUGUAUAAAGGCGAGAAUUGUUGGGCCGAGUUACUGGAAUUGGAUUAAGAAUGAAAGAAAUAAUUUGUAAAGUUGUUGGACAUACUAAAAGUAUUGCUUAAGUGUCCUUAAUCAAUGCGAAUGUGUAUCGUAUUGUUAUACAUCUGUAAUUGUUGUCUUAGGAUUUUGCUAGCCGGGCACGUUAUCAUUUUUAAUUUUUUUUACGAGUCUUAUUUAACGCUUUUACCAUUUUAUUAUUUUGUUUCCUACCUAUUCUAGUAACUUCGAGGGGUCAUAACUAGAUUCACAGAACUAGUAACUCAAACCUGACGAUGUUGGUAACACUAGCCCUAACAAGAGCAGUGUUUUCCAGAUAUUUUUUUUCCUACCUAUGCUGAUAGCCUUGAGAGAUUAUAACAGCUUCUCCUUGACGUGUAGGUGAGCUCACGGGGCUCAAGCCGAAGUGUUUCUAACACUGACCCUAGCAAGAGCAGUCCUUUGCAGAAUCUACUACCGGAUCGGAAACGCGACCCACUGAGAAGAUCCGGCGAGAAACUCAGUGGGUUGUGUCUGUGGGUUAAUUUACUCGCAGAACCCUUGACCGGUGCUUGUGGUACCUAAAAUCACCGUUAGUGGAUCGGGAGGAUCCGAAAUGACGUACUUAGGGCGACGUCGACUGUCUACCAUUCGGUUGGGAAUGAACUAUCUUCAAGAUCUAUAGCUAUCAUAUACCAUGAUAAUUGUAUCCGAAUGGCUAUUUUAAAAUGAAUAUAAUAAAGGCGAUGUUAAACAAUACGAUCACUUUUUUAUAAUAUUGUGUUUCAUAUACCCUUUAAUAUAAUCUUGUUAACGUCAUUGUGACAGCUUUCAAAAUUAUUAAGACUAUCUGUAAAAUUAACGGUACAAAAAUUUAUAACUUCGCUUCAUUAUGCUGACCAGUAUCAAGAUGAAUGAUAUUUGAUGAAAUCAAUUGAUAGUUUGUUUUGCUUAAGCGCGUUUUUUUUUAUUGCUUACAUGUGUGGACGAGCUCACAGCCCACCUGGUGUUAAGUGGUUACUGGAGCCCAUAGACAUAUACAACGUAAAUGCGCCACACACCUUGAGAUAUAAGUUCUAAGAUCUCAGUAUAGUUACAACGGCUGCCCCACCCUUCAAACCGAAACGCAUUACUGCUUCACGGCAGAAAUAGACGGUUUCUGGUCUUUAAAUUACAAACACAUUAUUAAUACUAGCAAUCUCAGCGGAGGAAUGUAAUCGCAGAGCGAUGUUUUAAUUGUCUGUGCAGCUAUGAAUUUACGUAGUAUUUCUUAAUAGACACAUCUUGAUAUAAGUUUAUGGGAUAUUGUUGAUAUAUAUAACGGAUGUAUUUCGAACGAAGCAUUUCGCAAUUUUUAUAAAAGUGACUGAACUAGUGAUCUCGAACGUCAUAGAGAGAGAGGUCGGUAGACUGAAAAAAAAAUACUUACAGACAAAUUUAUAACAAUCAUAUUUAAGAAUAAUAGGGAAGUGAUAAAAUAUUAAGGAUGAAAUUAAACAACAAAAGAAACUUUUGAGUUUCAUCGCCACGUUUUAGUAAAGUUACUUCAUCCCAAAAUAGUUCUACAUCAUUAAGAAAUGUUUUGAUUUGUGCACAAUUUCUUAAAAAGCGCCACUCUAUAUCAAUUUCCUGGAAAUCAUUGCUCUGAACAAUAUCGGGAAAAAGCCUACUCUUAAGAAGUAUCGAAGUAGUUUUGCCAAUUUUAACAUUUUUUAAUCAAUAUGUCAAGAUCAAUAAUGUCUAAAAGUGUAAAAUCGGUAGAAAAAUCGGGAGGAUUUCCAUGUAUACUCUGAAAUCAUAGAAAAAUCGUUAUAUUUCGGCAAAACAGAGCCCAUAUCGGUAGAAAUACCGAAAAAUCGGUAGGUUCGAGACCACUGGACUGAACGAAACUUUAGUAUGUGACGUCAUUUGCGGUGAAAAUAUACUUUAAAUAUGCCCAUAGAUUAUAAAGUAAAACAGAUAAAUUAUACUUAUCGUCCGUAAUUUGUUUUAAAAGGUUACAAUAAUUAAUCGAUUUUAUUUAUUAAUUGAAAUUAUUAAAGGAUCAUUGAAAGUAAAUAUUGAGUAUUUAGAUAUUGUAGGAUAUAGUAGUAGUUUACUAAACAACACAUAGGUAAUAUCUUUAUUUUUAUUUGCAAAGAAAGAGUAAGUUAUAUGAAUUUCAGUACUCAAUACAACAUAAUACUCAAAAGGGCCAAUCUCAUAAGGACUCGCAUCCAGGGCCGUAAAACACUUAAAAAAAACAUAAGAGGCAAUGGACUUGUAACCGGUAAAUUUUAUAAAUAAAAAAAUGCUACAUGUAACAUGACGGUUUCAUUAUUUUCAUUUUAUUACAUAUCUCUGGUAGUUUUCCAAUUACAGCACAAGAGCGCAUUAUGCGGCAUAAUGCUCAACUAAGCUUCAGCAUAAUUCGGCAUUGUGCGUCACUGAGUCGCAUUAUGCUCUGUAAUUGGAAAACUACCUGUAUUAGUUUAUUUAGUUAUUAGUUUAUUAGUUAGCACAAUGCCGAAUUAUGCUGUAGCUUAGUUGAGCAUUAUGCCGCAUAAUGCGCUCUUGUGCUGGAAUUGGAAAACUACCUCUGUCUCGACUUUUCGAAUACAUUGUAGGUUUCAUUAGCGCGGAAAUUAAAUCGAAAAUGUUGCAAUGUUCACAAAUCGGAAGACGGUGGAAAAUUCUUUAUUAUUAGAAAGAUUAUGCUUUAUUAGGCUGUGAUAAUUAUUUUGUAAUUUUAGUCGACUUACUCACAUUUUAAACAUGCGAAUGUGAUUAUUGACCUUUUGUUAUUGUUAUGUAUAUUAAUAAAGUGUGCACAAGUUCAAAA